GAGGAAAGAACGCAAGACAGACGGUGAUGACUUCUUGGGGUCUCAGACCAGCUCCUUUUCUCUAUCUUGGGCUAAUAUUCACAGCAGGGACUCUUAGAUCUUCUUCUGAGGUCCUUCUCCAGGUCCUUCCUCCUUUUCAGUUGUGCCUCCACAUCUGUGGAAUAUUCUCCCCAGUGAGGUCUGCCUGGCACCUUCGUUGAUGACCUACCGCUUCUUAUUCGUUGACCAUCCCAGAGGUAAGCUCAUGCCUCCAUCCCCUGUGGGUGCCAAACCAGGCCUGACCCCUUUUCCGGAGUCUCUGGGACCAGAACUGUCGGCACUGCAUCCGCUGCUCGACUGGCCAGCUCCAGCUGACAAUACUGUAGCCUUCGCAUCCUCCACCAGCCCUGAGAAGAGCCGUUACUGGUUAUUGCAAUCUCAGAGCAGCUACACGGUGGGUAACACGCUGCUGGUGUGGUUGGAGGCCUGGGACCACAGUGGGCAGCCCAAGCACUAUGGCGGGGACUUCUUCAGGGCCAAACUGCACUCUCCGGAGCUUAAGGCAAGUGUGGCUGGGACAGUGCAGGACCACAACAACGGCACCUACAUGCUGGCUUUCCCGCUUUUGUGGGCAGGUGCGGUGCAGGUGUCUGUGCAUCUCAUCCACUCCAGCGAGACUGUAGCCCUCCUUCGGCACAUCCGGAACUCCCACCCCUCCACAGUCGCCUUCUACGGCUACUUCAUGGACUCAGGCCUGCAGAGCAAAGAAGAGGUGACUGAAUGUAACGUGCAUCCAUUCUCAGGUCCAACCUGCCAGUAUGUGGAUCCUGGCACCAAUGAGAGCUGGUUUUGUGCUAGGCCUCACCAUCUCUCAUGCAGUGACCUUGUGCACCACUCUGCUGGGAUCUACAAAAACGUACUCACCCCAAAUGAGAAAAACUUCUUUAGCAGGGCCGUGACAGACCGUGCCAUCCCAGGGAGUGUGCCCAUCAUCCAGGUGCUGCCUAGCCCCCAGUCGGCUGCUGUCACCUCCCCACCUCUCCCAUGCCGUCCGGGCCUUGCCCUUGCAAGCCCUUCAGGCUUUUACUACAAGGAUGUGUGGGUUUCCUUGGGAUGUUCUAGUCGGACCUUCCCUACUCCAGACAUGGCGUUGAGCUGCCUGCGAGGCAAGACAGUCCACAUGAUUGGAGACUCCACACUACGCCAGUGGUGGGAAUUUCUGCUGGCUUUCAUCCCUUCAGUCAAGCGCAUGGACCUUCAUGUGACUUAUCAGUCAGGCCCACUGCUGGCUGUGGAACCUGCAGAGGGUCUUGUGCUGAGGUGGCGUGCCCAUGGCUUACCACUGCGCACUCAGAAGACCAAGUUAGCUGAUAUCCACUACUUGGCCAAUGAGCUGGAUGCACUUGGUGGGGGCCCUGACAUGGUGGUGGCCUUCACAAUCUGGGCCCAUUUCUCCACCUUCCCUGUGGAGGUGUAUGUCCAACAGCUGCAUAGCAUUCGGCAGGCUGUGGCAAAGCUCCUUGCCCGCAGCCCCCUCACUACCAUUGUCAUCAAGACAGCCAACACGGGAUACAAGUCUGUCUAUGGCAGUGACUGGCUCUCCAUGCAGCUGGACAUCAUCCUUCGUGCCAUGUUUAAUGGCAUGCGAGUGGCGUUUGUUGAUGCCUGGGCCAUGACGUCCUGUCAUUACCUACCUGAUAACAUCCAUCCUGGCAAGGUCAUAGUACAGAAUGAAGUCAACUCCUUCCUUUCCUAUGUCUGCCCAGGAAAGUGACCUGGGAUGGAGAAGGGGAGAGAGGAAAUAAAACCUUUUGGGUAGCUUUCAAGGACCUUUUGGGUACUUCAUAGUACAUGGAAGACUGUCCACAGUAAGAAGAGGCUCUCCAGUGAGUUUCCAGCAAGCAUGGGGCACUCUUUUCCCAUGCUACAAAUCCAGCAUAGCUCUCUGUGUCUUAAGAGGGGGGAGAUGGUGCAUUUUUUGUGGAAGAGCUUGCAGAUCCCUGUUUGGGGUCACGGGGGCGAGGGGAGGAACAAUGGACAAUGGGGCAUGAUGAUCUGGGGCUUCUUCCAGCAGAAAAACGGCUGCUGCUCAAGGUAGAGGAAUUGGAUGCAUCGUUCUCUGAGAUGAUUUGCCAAGGGUCUGGAUACACUAAGAUUGGACAGUGAUAUCCCCCUUGGACAGAGAUGCUCCUGCAUUGGUCCCUGUUGGCACCAUCAUUGUAGAUGGGAAUGAGGCCCAGGUCCACACCUUUCUGCUCACAUGUGAGUGGGCUUAUGCAGCAGCAGCAGCACUGUAAUGGUGUGGGGAGCCACAGCUGCUCGGCUGCCCUGCCCAUUACAUCAGUGCUGCCACCAGGUAAGCUUACUUACACAAAGGAGUUAGACAACCUUCCUCUUGCAAGCUGGUUGACUGAGUGGCGGUGGAGGUGGCAGCAGUAGCAGCACUGUAAUGGAUCACCACCACCAGCAGCAGCUAAAUCCAUUCAUGUCUAAGCUCAAGGGUGUGGGGCAACUGCCAACCUCCCCCUCGCGCUUGCAACCAGGUUUACCCGGUGAUGAUGGUGCUGUAAUGAGCCAAGGAGCUGAGUGGCCAUUUGGUUCCCUGGCCUAUUUCAGUUCUGCUGCAGCUACAUAAGCUCAUUAACAUGUGCAAGGGGAAGGCUGGUGGCUGGAGCAGCCUCUUAGAGGCCCAAGUGGCAGUGGGUGCUGGAUGGGGACAGGCAAGGUGUGCUGCUGCUUAACAGACAGUCAACUGUGAAAGAACAGCAAAAUCACAGACAGUGCAAUCCUGUACAUGCAUACUCAGAAGCAGUAGAGGCUGGUCCAUGGGGCUACUGGGGCACAGCCCUCCCAAUGAGAAUGUCAAGCAAUUUUUAAAAUCCCCCCCCCCAAAUCACUCUUUCUUGUUCCAUGCACAUUUUAUAUUUCAAUUUGAACUCACAAAAGCUCUGCAAACAUUUGUGUCAAUCUUGUUCUCUGGCCAAUCAGCUUCUUGUUCUCUGGCCAAUCAGCUUUUUGAACCACUCAGCCAAUCCUAAUCCAAAACUAUAGCUAUGGCAAAGAGGUCCCUCCCCUUGGUUGACCUGUUUGUCAGUCCUCUUAGAAGGCUUCUACUACAGUAGGGCCCCACUCAUACGGCGGGUUACAUUCUGGACCCCUGCUGAAAAGUGAAAACCGCUGAAAAGCGGAACUCAUUGAAUAGAAUGGCACAUGACGCCCAAAAACCGCUGUUAAAGCAGAACAAGUGCCAUAUGAGUGGGGCUUUAGUCUAAUUGCAUCUAAUUGAGACCGCCGCAUUAGUGAAGCACUGUAAAGCGAAGCGCUCUAAAGCGGGGCCCUACUGUGCUGUACUCCAUCUGUUGUUAAGAGGCCUCUCUAGCACAGCCACUAUAGCAAAUUGGGGAGGAGUCUAGACUGCUUGAACAGCAGCCCACGUAGUAGUCUUAGCCUAUAUUAGAAUCACACAUUGAUUCUGAGCAUGCUCAGAUGUAUUUUAUUUUAUUUAUUUAUUUUAUUUAUUUUAUUACAUUUUUAGACCGCCCUAUAGCAAUAAGCUCCCAGGGCGGUGUACAGCAUAAUAAAACAGGUUAAAAUACAAGUGGAUGUAGAUACACAAUAAAACAUAAUUAAAAAUUUUCAAUUUUAAAUUCAAAUUUUAAAAUUUUAUAAAAAUUUUAAAAUGACUGGGCGAAGAGGUAGGUCUUUACCUGGCGCCGAAAAGAUAACAAAGAAGGCGCCAGGCGUAUCUCAUCAGGGAGGGCGUUCCAUAGUUCGGGGGCCACCACUGAGAAGGCCCUAGCUCCAGUUAUCGUUCUCCGUGCCUCCCUAUGCAUUGGGACACGGAGAAGGGCCUUCGACGUCGAGCUCAGCGACCGGGUAGGUACAUAGCGGGAGAGGCGUUCCGCCAGGUAUUGCGGUCCAAUGCCGUUAAGGGCUUUAUAGGUAAGAACCAACACUUUGAAUCUGGCCCGGAAACAUAUUGGUAGCCAGUGCAGCUGGGCCAGAACAGGUGUUAUAUGAUCAAAUUUUUUUGUCCCAGUAAGAACUCUGGCCGCAGCAUUCUGCACCAGCUGAAGUUUCCGAACCGUCUUCAGAGGUAACCCUACGUAGAGUGCAUUACAGUAGUCCAAUCUAGAGGUUACCAGAGCAUGGGUAACUGUGGCAAGGUUCUCCCUAUCCAGAUAGGGUCGUAGUUGGGCUACCAGCCGAAGCUGGUAGAACGCAUUCCGUGCCACCGAGGCUACUUGAGCCUCCAGUGACAGGAGCGGAUCUAAUAAGACCCCCAAACUACGGACCUGCUCCUUUAGGGGGAGUGUAACCCCAUCUAGGGCAGGUCGGACAUCAACCAUCUGGGCAGAGAGCCCCCCCACCAACAGCAUCUCAGU